AUGGCCACAGCCGUCACCGCGCAGAAUGCUCCGUAUGCGACAGCUGCGCAGAGUCCGCCAGGGGCGCCGCAAGGCUUCCCAGGGCGCUGCUUCUUGGUCAUGGGCCCUCCGGCAUCAGGCAAGGGCACGCAGUGUAAGCUCCUGGCCGCAAGGUAUGGCCUUGUGCACCUCUCUACGGGGGAUGUGUUCCGAGACUUGGUAGAGCGGCGCACCGAGCUGGGCCUUCGGGCCAAGGACUACCUUGACAAGGGCUGCUUCGUGCCUGACGACAUGGUGGUCAGCCUAGUGCAAGAUCGCCUGCAACAGUCGGAUGUGCGGGAAAGUGGCUGCCUGCUGGAUGGCUUCCCCCGCACUACGGAUCAGGCGCAGGCGCUGCUCAAGCAGGUUAGAGUCGAGGGCGUGUUUUUUCUACAGGUGCCUGAGAAGAGCCUUAUUCAGAGGGCCGCGCAACGGCGAAUCGAUCCACGCACGGGGGAGAUCUAUCACUUGGAGUUUGUCCAGCCGCCUUUGGACAUCCUACCCCAUCUGGUCCCACGCGACCGCGAUGAUGAGCACUCCUUCCGGCAACGCAUCGAGGUCUUCAAGGCGCACGUCCGGCGGGUGCUGCCCUUCUUCUCUGGCCGCGUUUCAAGCUCAGUCUGGAAGCUGGACGCCACGCUCGAGCCCCAGGUCAUCUUCCAGAAGAUCUGUCGUGCCCUGGACCAUCUCGAGACGGGGCAAAAGAUGGCCGAAGUGCAGCAUUCCCAGCAUUCCCAGCAUUCCUGCUCGAUCUGCUUCGAUGAGCCGGCAGACUUCCUUGUGAGCCCGUGUGGGCACCAGUGUGGCUGCAGGGAGUGCCUCGUGGCUGUUCAGCAGCAUUCCGGCUGCUGUCCCAUCUGUCGUGGUCCGGUGCGGGAGAUCCAGCAGGUCUUUCGUUGCGGCAGAGAGGUGCCGUCAGUGUCGGAUGUGAAGAGAAGCUUGGAGCCAGUGGCCCAGACCAUGCAUCCCGACCUUCUAGAGAAGCUCGACGGAGCUGUGAACGGAGCCGUAGAGGACGACGAUUGGUCCGAAGAUGAGCCGACUGGUGACCAGGACCUGGUGAAACUGAAGAUCGAGCCGUGCAAAGACCAAACCUGUGCGGGUGAGGUGAAGGUCAUGAUCAGUGCUGAUGUAGCCGACCUCAUGAAGCGGGAGCCGGCAGAUGUCUGCUGCCUGGUGGACGUCUCUGGUUCCAUGGGGAGCACGGCAACAUACGAAGAUGCAGAUGGCAACGUGAAGGAUGAUGGUUUGUCGGUGCUUGACAUCGUGAAGCAUGCGGUGAAGACGGUGAUCAAGGCGCUCGGCCCCCAAGAUCGCCUGGCUCUAGUGGCGUUUGACGACAAGCAGCGAACGGCGUUGGCCCUCACGGACAUGUGCGAUCGUGGCCAGGAGCUGGCAUUGGAGGCCCUUGAUGGCUUGCGACCGGGGGGCCAAACGAACAUCUGGGGAGGCAUGAAGGCUGCCAUGGAUGCUCUUCGCGAGGGGGCCGCCAGCUCAAAGCGACAUCAGGCCAUCCUCCUCCUGACCGAUGGUCAGCCCAACAUCAAGCCACCACGAGGACAUUUGCGAGAGUUGGCCGAUUACAAGGACACACAUCCAGGCUUCCAUUUCCAACUGAACACCUUCGGCUUUGGGUACAAUCUGGACAGCGAGCUCUUGCUUGAGCUGGCGGAAGAAGGUCAUGGCACCUACGCCUUCAUCCCGGAUGCGGUCAUCGUUGGCACGACCUUUGUGAACAGUGUCGCCAAUGUCCUCAGCACCUUCUCUCAGAGCGUCACCCUGAGCCUCAU